GGGUCGCGCAUGCGCAUCUGGCAUAACAGUGUCGCAGUCGUCUAAAGUCGUCAUGUCGUCGUUUAGCGCAUGAAAAAUUGAAAAAUCGGCAAAACUCCGAAGAGAUAAUGGUUUUUCGGCCACACUCCUCCGCUAACACGUUUUUGCAACGAACGUAGUAGUUCCGUUUGGAAAAGUAAGUGAUCCUGUUAGUGAUAAGUCGUGAUUUUAUGUGUAUUGAUUUUGGGUUCGUUGUCCUCGCCGCCGCGCACUUUCCGCGCGAAAUUCAAACUUGCCCGAUCCGAAAAUCGAUCCAAAGCGCGAAUCGGUCUCGGCCCGGACCUGAGUGACUUGUGUGAAGUUGUUCUAUUUUCGCUGUGCGGUGAAGGAAUUUUCGCCAAAGUCGGACAGUCCGCCUCGAACUCAGAGUGACGUUAAACGCUCUAUUUUUACAAAUUACCACGCACAAGCUCGUAGGAAGCAUCUUCCGACGAACUCGCUUCGGAUCAUGCCAUUUCUGCUUGGUGAUGAGUGCUUGCAGCAAGUGUGAGGCUGAAUGGGGAGCAGAGUGUGUUGUCUAACAGCAUUUUUAACUAACCUUAAUGUCUUUCGCCCGUUUGUCCGUUAUAAACCACAUGGCUGUUGUUGUCGGGCUUGCCAUGUGGUGCGUAACAUUGGUGCUGUCGGUAACACCUGAUAACGCGUGUCGUGAUUCUAGCGUGGCCGUGACUUGCUCACCGACUCGCGAUCGUACCCCCACGGCCCCAUUCUCGGACUUUGGAAGAAAUCGGCCCCCAAAUAUCUCCUCUUGGACUUGCUUCAAGACGAGAGUGCUGAAGCGAGCAGCUGGAUAAAAUGUCGUCCAGGAGGAGAAGUCGCAGCAGAGAGCGCUCGAAAAACGCGUCAUCGGCGUCGAAACUCAGAAUGGACACCAAGCCCCAAACGCCUCGAAUCACAGGUACAGUCACAAAAGAUCCCAGUGUCCCAGCAGGCCGAAGACGCGAAAUCGAUACCGUAAUGAAAAAAGCCCGAGCAUCUCCCAACUCCAACGCUUAUUGGGAUAAGAAACUCCUAGAAGUGGAAGCAAAAGAUCCCAAUAGGUGGCGCCACAGCGGCUACAAAUCCCUGUACAUCGACGGCUCGUCGUCGCCGUCGUCCGGCCGCCGCAGCCGCUCCAGGUCCCAGAACGGGCGCAGAACGCCCCCCCGUCGAUCGCCGGUGGGCCGCCGUUCGCCUCGUUCCCCAGCCGGUCGCAGAUCGCCCCGUUCGCCGCCGCCGCGUCGUUCCCCAGUGGGCCGCAGGUCGUCGAUUUCGCGCCGUUCGCCCGUCGCUUACAGCCGAUCGCCCGUCGGUCGCAGGUCGCCGCCAAACGCCACGCGUUCUAGACCUGUUCGGCCCCGUUCGCCGCCGCCACACAAAGCCUCCGGUUCUGGACGUCGGUCUGCGACCGCCAGCUCGAUCAGCAGCUGCUCGGACGACUCAUGCUCGGUCUGCUCGCCGAAGAACCACAGACAUCCGAGGUCAAGGUCUCGUUCGUUCUCGGUGCCGCGUUCCCGCGCCAAAGCACAAACAAAGACAACUUCGCCAACUCUGAAAUCACGAAUCCGUCCUAGGCCGCCGUCGCCGUCUCCUUCGCCGCCCCGCCGGAUGCCGAGGCCGAUGACGCCGCCCCCCGCACGCAAGCCACAGAAGCCGAGCUCGUCGGACCGGCCGACGGACCCGCGGAGGCAGCCGCCGCCCCCGAGGCCUCGGGGGCGGACGGGCGAGGUGAUCGACGUGCAAGGAGUGAAGCCGCCGGCGAAGCCGGUCAGGAAACCCAAGGAAAAAGGAUCUGAACCAGUGCUGUUAACUAGAAUCAAAAAAGAGCGUACGAAGAAGAGGACGGGAUCUCCGGGGGAGUCGUCGGGCUCGGAAGACAGCGACACGUCGUCGACGUCGCCCAUAGUCGCCACGACGCGGCUGACGUUGUCGGAGAGGUUCGGCAAAAUCGCGCAGUGGAGCGCGGAUCGAGAAAGACGCGACAUCGAAAACAUGAGAAUUACGAAAACGGGGGGUGAUCUCAAGGUGAUGAUCGAAGGGGAGGAUUAUAUUUAUGGAAGUCCUCCGCGGAGGUACAGCUUGUCGCCAGUUCCUGCCGGUCACUACCCGGACGAGCUCCUGUCAUCGGGUCCGUCGAGGCUCGCGGCUUGGGACGAUGUCAGGGUUCGCUACCAGUAUUACAAAGAUCUUGGGUACCUGCGGGAUCUCUCGCUGGACGACUAUAUAAAAUGGGAGGAGUGGUGGUACAAGUACCAGGACUGGCUUACCAACGAAAGACAUUACGAACAUUGGCUUAGUACUCAAAGACGACGCAGGAAACGACUGCCAGCCACGCAAAGAUUAAAUUAACGAAUUUCGGUUCAUUUUAUUCAGAUAGUGACAAGAACAACGGUUUUUUGUGAUAAGUUGAAAUUAUUUGCUGCUUAACUUUUAUUUCAGACGUUGGGUAAGUAUUCUACAAAUCUUUUUUAUUUUGUUAUUACGAUUGAUUUAUUUUCAAUAACUUAUUGUACUUUUUUUUAAAGAAAUUUAUGUUUAUUAAUGUAUCUUGAGUACGAUGAAUAAAUAAGGUAGCCGCUACUGUGCAUUAUG